AUGACAGACGAUAAGGUCACUGGGACCUUGGUUUUCACUGUCUUCACUGCCGUGCUAGGCUCCUUCCAGUUUGGAUAUGACAUUGGUGUAAUCAAUGCACCUCAACAGAUUAUAAUUUCCCAUUAUAGACUCGUGUUGGGUGUUCCACUGGAUGAACGAAAAGCUAUCAACAGCUAUGUUAUCAACAGUACACACGAAAUGCCCACAAUCUCAUACCCAGUGAUCCCAACACCAACCCCUUUUGUUGAGGACGAAAGUGUGGCAUCUGCUGGCAUGAUCACCAUGCUCUGGUCCCUGUCUGUGUCCAGCUUUGCUGUUGGUGGAAUGAUAGCGUCAUUCUUUGGUGGGUGGCUUGGAGACCAACUUGGAAGAAUCAAAGCAAUGAUGGCAGCAAACAUUCUCUCGUUGCUUGGAGCUCUAUUGAUGGGGUUUUCAAAAUUGGGGCCAUCCCAUAUUCUUAUAAUUUCAGGAAGAAGCAUAUCAGGUCUCUAUUGUGGGCUGAUUUCAGGGCUGGUUCCAAUGUACAUUGGUGAGAUUGCUCCAACCACGCUUAGAGGUGCUCUGGGUACACUUCACCAGCUGGCCAUCGUCACGGGUAUUCUUGUUAGUCAGAUUGUUGGCCUUGAUUUUAUCCUGGGCAAUCCUGAUCUGUGGCACAUAAUGCUGGGCCUGCCUGCGGGGCGAGCCUUAUUCCAGACUGUGCUGCUCUUUUUCUGUCCCGAAAGCCCUAGGUACCUUUACAUCAAGUUAGAAGAGGAAGCCAAAGCAAAGAAAAGCUUGAAAAGACUCAGAGGAUGUAGUGAUGUUUCCAAAGACAUGGCUGAGAUAAGAAAAGAAAAGGAAGAAGUAUCAAGUGAGCAGAAGGUCUCCAUAAUCCAGCUCUUCAGCAAUUCCAGCUACCGAAAACCCAUUCUAGUAUCCCUGAUGCUGCAUAUGGCCCAGCAGUUUUCUGGGAUAAAUGCGAUCUUUUAUUACUCAACAAGCAUUUUUGAGUCAGCUGGAGUCAGCCAACCUGUUUAUGCAACCAUUGGAGUUGGUGCUGUCAACACAAUUUUCACUGCUGUCUCUGUAUUCCUUGUGGAGAAGGCAGGGAGGCGCUCUCUGUUUCUAAUCGGAAUGAGUGGGAUGUUUUUUUGUGCCAUCUUCAUGUCCGUGGGACUUGUGUUCCUGGAGAAAUUGGAGUGGAUGAGUUACGUGAGCAUGAUAGCCAUCUUCCUCUUCGUCAGUUUCUUUGAAAUUGGCCCUGGCCCCAUUCCUUGGUUCAUGGUGGCCGAGUUUUUCAGUCAAGGGCCGCGUCCUGCUGCGUUAGCACUAGCUGCAUUUAGCAAUUGGGUCUGCAAUUUCAUCGUCGCUGUAUGUUUCCAGUACAUUGCGGAUUUCUGUGGACCUUAUGUGUUUUUCCUCUUUGCUGGAAUAGUCCUGCUCUUCACUCUGUUUACGUUCUUUAAAGUUCCGGAAACCAAAGGAAAAUCCUUUGAAGAAAUUGCGGCAGAAUUCCGAAAGAAGAAGGGUGGUUCAUCCCCAGGGCCAAAAGCUGCUGUAGAAAUGGAAUUCCUUGGACCUUCAGACACUGUGUGAACACAAACUGCUUUUUGUCAUGAACUGAAGCAGGAAGGAAACCACAAGUUUCCAUAUUGUUCCUUAAGAAUGUUAUUUCUACAUUUCUAAGUAUUAUAUUAUUUUU